ACUUGCUAUCGGUCUUCUUUCUGGACUGUACGGUGGUUCUGGCAGUGCACGUCGACGGUUUAGCAUUCAAUUGAGCUCCCGAAUAGUAUCAACACAUAUAAUCUUCUGGGGUCUUCAAGGAUCCGAUCCUAAGCUGUAAUCGAACCUACACAUGUGACAGGAAGUGUAGCUCGGACUCCCUAUAUUGGUCUGCGACGUGAUAGAAAGAUGGACCGCCACAAACACUCCUAUAUAAGCCCUGGAGCACCAAUGAUCAUGAUAGAUUUUGGCCCGUCUCUGAACACACCGAUAGACACCGAUGUUGGGCGAGAUAAUCUCUUCAUUUUCCCUCAAAGUCUUUGUUAUUGUUUCCCUUGCCUACAUAACAUAUCGAGAGCUUUCGUUUCGACGGAAGAGACUUCCUCCAGGUCCUACACCUUUAUUGAUGAUCGGAAAUGCCCUUCAGAUACCUUCAACCUCUCCGCAGGAGAAAUUUGCUGAAUGGCUUGAUGUAUACGGAGACGUCGUAUAUCUCCGAAUAUUUCAGCAACCCAUGUUAAUCUUGAAUUCGCUGGAAGCAGCUCAGGAUUUGCUUCAUCAACGAAGUUCUAUCUAUUCAGAUCGGCCUAACUUCGUCUUAUUGAAUGAUUUAAUGGGAUGGCAGAACGCCUCCACCCACGUCCGAUAUGGUCCCCGGUUUCGAAGGCACCGUCGGUUUAUUCACCAGACCUUCAAUCAGCGUGCGGUGGAAGCGUUGCGAUCUGUCCAAGAGAAAGAGAUUUGCCACCUAAUUCAAGACUUAAUUCGCGAACCCGAACAGGUUACUCAACAUUUACAAAGAUUUACCGCAGCUACAAUCAUGAAAAUAACUUACGGAGCCGAUGUCAAGUCUAACGAUGAUCCAAUCGUCCAACUUGCUCAACGGGCCGGAUCACUCACUAUCCAGUCUGGGACACCAGCGGCAACGUUGGUGGACUACAUUCCUAUCAUGAGAUACAUCCCGAGUUGGGCCCCAUUAGCGGGCUUCAAGCGAAACGCAGGAAUAGUCAAGGAAGCUGUGGACAGCAUGUUCAACAUUCCUUACGAGACAGUCAAAGGCCAGAUGGCAUCUGGAAUUGAUUUCCCCUGUAUGACCUCUAGAUUAAUGAAGGCAUGUAGCCCCGCUGGGGUUCACUGCUUAUCAUUAGAAGACGAAGAAGACAUCAAAGGCGUUGCGGGCACCAUGUAUGUAGCUGCCGAAGAUACAACUCAUUGUAUUCUGUCGACUUUUAUCCUGGCUAUGGUGCUACAUCCUGAAGUGUUCAAGAAAGCUCAAGCUGAAAUGGAUGAUGUCGUUGGCAUGAACAGACUGCCAACUUUCGAAGACAGAAGCUCGCUCCCUUAUCUGGAAUGUGUUCUCAAGGAAGUAUGCAGAUGGAAUGUUCCAGUCCCUUUAGGAUUGCCUCAUCGAUUAAUGGAUGUCGAUGUUUACCGAAAUUAUCACAUACCUAAAGGCACAACCGUUAUGGCCAAUAUUCAUUCCAUUCUGCAAAAUUGUUCACAGCCACAGCUCUUCCGUCCUGAACGAUACAUCGAAGAUCCAAAUCUCCUUGAUCCGGCAGACGUAAUUUAUGGAUUCGGUCGUCGUCGUUGUCCUGGUAGACACUUUGGCGAUCGAACUGUUUGGCUAGCUGCAGCCUCUUUGGUUUGUACAAUGAUUAUCUCGAAAACGAAAGAUGAACAUGGCAAUGAUAUUACCCCAAACGCCACAUUUAUCAAUGGAUUCGUUCGUCAUCCCUCCGAAUUUCCUUGUAACAUACAACCUCGUUCAGAGCAAAUUCUGAUGAUGACCAGUGUGUAGUUGGAAUGCCCAAGACGUGAUUACAGAACAUAACAGAGCACAACCUGUUUAUAUAAUUCAUAAAUUGACAAAAUAUGUGUAGAGUCGUCGCAGAAGCUGAUUGAUACAAGUCAAAAGUUUCAGGUCGAAGAUUACCUCUUCACCUCAACUCAGCGUUUCAUUCGAUACUAGGCUAGUAUGUAGGGCUGGUGCGGAGAGCUCAGAGUUUAUGAUUAUG